UAUCCUUCAAAUCUCGGGAAGACCAUAGAAAGCAACUUGAGUUGGAAGAGGCCCGUAAAGCUGGGCUUGCUCCAGCUGAGGUUGAUGAAGAUGGUAAAGAGAUCAAUCCUCAUAUCCCUCAGUAUAUGUCAUCAGCCCCUUGGUACCUUAAUGCUGAGAGACCAAGUUUAAAGCAUCAAAGGAAAUGGAAAUCUGAUCCUAAUUAUACAAAAGCAUGGUAUGAUCGAGGUGCAAAGAUCUUUCAGGCCGAUCGAUAUAGGAAGGGCGCUUGUGAAAAUUGUGGCGCAAUGACUCAUGAUAAGAAAUCAUGCAUGGAUAGGCCUCGGAAGUUGGGAGCUAAAUGGACAAAUAUGCAUAUAGCUCCUGAUGAGAAGAUUGAAACAUUUGAGCUUGACUAUGAUGGAAAACGCGAUCGUUGGAAUGGUUUUGACCCAUCUAGUUUUGCUCGUGUGGUGGAGAGAUUUGAAACCAGGGAGGAGGUUAGGAGGAAAUACUUGAAGGAACAACAGAUAAAGAAGCUUGAGGAGAAACAGACGAAUCCGAAUAAUGAAGAUAUUGUUAGUGAUGAGGAUGAUGAUGAAGAUGACUUGAAGGUUGAUGAAGCCAAAGUUGACGAGAGCAAGCAGAUGGACUUUGCAAAGGUGGAGAAGCGUGUUCGUACUACAGGUGGCGGAAGUACCGGAACUGUCAGAAAUUUGCGUAUUCGAGAGGAUACUGCAAAAUACCUUUUGAACCUUGAUGUCAAUUCUUCUUACUAUGACCCCAAGACCCGUUCAAUGCGUGAGGAUCCUUUACCUGAUGCUGAUCCAAAUGAGAAGUUCUAUGUGGGUGAUAACCAAAAUAGAAUCAGUGGGCAAGCAUUGGACUUCAAGCAGCUUAACAUUCAUGCUUGGGAAGCCUUUGAAAAAGGGCAGGAUGUUCACAUGCAAGCUGCUCCAUCUCAAGCUGAAUUGUUAUUUAAGAACUAUAAAGUUAUCAAGGAGAAGUUGAAAUCUCAAAAUAGGGAUACCAUUAUGCUGAAGUAUGGGAAUGCGGCCUCAGAAGAAGCUCUUCCAAGGGAACUUCUCCUCGGGCAGAGUGAGAGAGAAGUUGAAUAUGACCGUGCUGGGAGAAUUAUUAAAGGACAAGAGGUUGUACUUCCCAGGAGUAAGUACGAGGAGGAUACCUAUGCAAACAAUCAUACCAGUGUAUGGGGUUCUUGGUGGAAGGACCACCAGUGGGGUUACAAGUGCUGUAAACAGUUGAUUCGAAAUAGCUACUGCACAGGCUCUGCUGGAAUUGAGGCGGCUGAAGCUGCAGGGGAUUUAAUGAAAUCCAACAUUGCUCUUAAGGAGGCUACAGAAGAGACCCCAGAGAAGCAGGAAGAGAAGCAGCUUGCUACGUGGGGAACUGAAGUCCCACAGGAUUUGGUUCUUGAUAAAAAACUUCUUGUUGAGUCUCUAAAGAAGGAGGAUCAACGGAAGAAGGAAGAGAAAGAUGAAAGAAAACGAAAAUACAAUGUCAAGUGGAGCGAUGAGGUUACUGCUGAAGACAUGGAGGCUUAUAGAUUGAAGAGGAUUCAUCAUGAUGAUCCAAUGAAGGAUUUUCUCCACUAGUUAGUUCUUCCAAACCAUCUUGCAUUUUGUUUCAUAAAGAAGCCCUCAUAUUCCACUGGUUCAAUGUUGAUCAUUUGGAAUUUGAAUCAUAUGGGCUUAAGAGGUUUAUUGUCAUUUUAUUUUUUGUAUAAAAAACUUGUGAACUUAAUGCAAAUACAAAAAUUAUGUAAAUAAAAACACCAAACAAGUUUGCAUUUA